AUGGGAAAAGCAAAGGCAGCCGUCAAACCUCCAACUUAUGGAAACCUAAUAACUGUUCUUAGCAUCGAUGGGGGUGGAAUAAGAGGAGUUAUCCCCGGAGUCAUCCUUGCUUUCCUUGAGUCUGAACUUCAGAAGCUUGAUGGUGAGGAAGCAAGAAUCGCAGAUUAUUUUGAUGUGAUUGCCGGGACAAGCACGGGUGGUCUUGUGACUGCCAUGCUGACUGCUCCAGAUGAAAAAAACCGACCCCUUUUUGCGGCCAAAGAUAUAAAGGACUUCUACUUAAAUGAGUGUCCCAAGAUCUUUCCUCAACUUAGUAAUCCAUUAUUAGCGAACGUCUGGAAGGUCAUCAAAGCUUUCGCAGGACCAAAAUACGAUGGAAAGUAUCUUCAUAAAAUUGUUAAAGAAAAACUAGGAAAUACAAGACUUCACCAGACAUUGACAAAUGUUGUGAUCCCUACUUUUGACAUCCAGCUACUCCAGCCGACCAUCUUUUCCAGCUACAAGGUGAAACAGAACCGAAGUUUAGAUGCCUUAUUGUCAGACAUAUGCAUAGCAACCUCGGCAGCACCAACUUAUCUUCCAGCACACUAUUUUGAAACCAAAGACUCGGAAGGAAAAGUGAAAAGCUUCAACCUGAUUGACGGUGGAGUUGCCGCAAAUAACCCGGCAUUAGUUGCUAUCGGUGAAGUAACAAAGUCAAUUACUAGGGGAAGUCCAAACUUCUUUCCAAUAAAGCCAAUUGACCAUGGACGGUUUCUAGUUAUAUCUCUAGGAACUGGCACGCCAAUACAAGAAGGAAAAUACAGUGCGAAAGAAGCAGCAAAGUGGGAUUUAUGGGGUUGGUUAACAGGUGGUGGUUCCACUCCUUUAGUUGAUGUGUUUACUCAAGCAAGUGCAGCUAUGGUAGAUUUUUAUAUUUCUGCCGUUUACCCAGCCCUUCACUCAGAAAAGAACUAUCUGCGGAUUCAGGAUGAUAAAUUAAGAGGAGUGGUAUCUUUUGUUGAUAUAGCCACUAAGAAUAACUUGGAAGACCUUGUGAAAGUUGGAGAAGAACUGUUAAAGAAACCAGUUUCAAGGGUGAAUCUGGAAUCAGGUAUCUUUGAACCUCUCAACAAUAACGAGACCAAUGAGGAGGCUCUCAUAAGGUUUGCCAAACUACUUUCCGACGAGAAGCGGCUUCGCCAGACUAGGUCACCAUCACCCAAAUCAUGAGCUUAAAAACUUCCAACUAGUUAGUAAUUGAUAUCGUGUCAGUUUUUGUAUAGCAAGGGGUGGAUUUAGAUUACUGCAAAACUGUGCACAUAUCCCUCAAUUUGAUUCAUUUUUAUUUAGUAAAUAUAUUUGGAAAAAUUACAUAUAUUAGUACUUGGU